AUGGGCGUGCCCUUUGAAAUAAAGGUCUUCCUCAGGAGCGAGGAGCCGGCGGUGGUGCGCAAGUGCUACCCGGCCAUGCGGCACGCGGAGGGCGACGUGAUCGCCCGCCACGACUGCGUGCUGCUCAAGUCGGGCCCGCGCCGCACCGACCUGCCCUUCGUCGCCAAGGUGGCGGCGCUCUGGGAGAACCCCGACGACGGUGAG